UCAAGCAUUUAGACCAAUAAUACAACAUGUCAGUGAAUUUUGGCUCAAAAGAUGGCAUACUCAUUCGGACCAUGACUGUCGAAGACUACAAACAGAUAGAUGGAAACGUCUUCAAAGAUGAACCACUUAAGUCUUCUUUGGAUAAAGAACCGAAGGAAAUCGAAGAGGCCCGUAAGAAAAGAUUUGACGACUACCACAUCAGGUUGAUAGAGAACGGCACCUGCUUAGCGGCUAUCAAUGAAAACGACAACGGACGUGUUGUCGGAGUAGUUCUAGCCUAUGGUCAAGUCCCAAGUGAUAUGAAGAAUUAUCAUAAGAGUGCCAUUUCAAAUUUCCUGUCCGAAGCUGAAGUCAAAGCUAAUCUCUUUGCGCGUUACGAAGUCUCUAAUGUAUUAAUUUCUCACAUUACCAAUGUGGAUGCCUCCAUGCGGGGUAAGGGAAUUGGAUCACGACUAGCUGUCGCUCUUAUGGAGUUGGGUCGAUCUCAAGGAUACCCCUUGAUGGCAGCUUUCUGCACCAGUUUCUAUUCGGCUCGACAAAAUGAGGCCUUGGGAAUGGAGUGCGUUUAUUCUCAAGCUUACGCAGACUACAAGGAUGAAAACGGGAAAGUAGUGUUUAAUCCCCCAGCACCUCAUACCCAUUUACGAAUUAUGGCUAUUAAGCUGUAAAGAAAUAAAAAUGUUACUAAAAAAAAUAAGUUAA